AGAUUAGCUUUCUUCCUCCUCCUAGUUCUCUCCUCUGGCUGAUGUGCAAGAUCUUGCAGAAGCCAGGGACUUGCUUCUGGGCUUGGCAAAGAGCAUAGGAAGAAGCCGGGACUUCCCGGCUGGGAGGAGGGGGGAAAGCUGAAGAUCCCCGCCUUUGGCUCAGCUAAGCAAAGUGGGCAGCUCAGUGCUUGAAAGAGGAUUGUGCUCGCACUAAUCAAUCUGUGGUUCUCUGGUCAGCAAGUUCUGGCAAUGAAGCCACUGCCGCUGGUGCAAAGAAUUCUGGGAUGUCUGACAGUGAAAUGGAUGGAAGGACUCACAUUCCAUCUCUACUUAAUGCCCUUUUGUCCAGAAACCGGGUCAUGCAGAUGAGCUACUUGAAAAGUAAAGAACAAGGCUAUGGAAAGCUAAGCAGUGAUGAAGACCUCGAAAUAAUUGUUGAUCAGAAGCAGGGGAAAGGCUCUAGGGCUGCAGAUAAGGCUGUUGCCAUGGUGAUGAAGGAGAUACCGAGGGAGGAGUCUGCAGAAGAAAAGCCCCUCCUUACUGUGACAUCACAGCUGGUGAAUGAGCAACAAGAAAGCAGACCUCUUCUGAGCCCCUCCAUCGAUGACUUCCUCUGUGAAACCAAAUCUGAGGCCAUUGCAAAACCAGUAACGUCCAACACAGCCGUGUUGACCACUGGCUUGGAUCUCCUGGACCUGAGUGAACCUGUCUCUCAAACCCAAACCAAAGGCAAGAAAUCAGAGUCCUCAUCAAAGAGCUCAUCCCUCAAGAAGAAAGCCGAUGGCUCUGACCUCAUCAGUGGGGACAGCGAGCAGAGGGCCCAGGCUCUGCGGGGCCCGGAGACAUCAUCCUUAGACUUAGAUAUUCAAACACAGCUGGAAAAGUGGGAUGAUGUCAAGCUUCAUGGGGAGCGAACAAGCAAGGGCCAUCUCCUGGCAGAAAGGGAGUCCUGCUCGUCGAGGACCGGGUCCAAAGAGCUCCUCUGGUCCUCAGAACACAGGUCUCAGCCAGAACUGAGCUCCGGGAAGAGUGCCCUCAACUCCGAGUUGGCUUCCGAAUUGGAACUUGUGGCUCCGGCACAGGCUCGGCUCACCAAAGAGCAUCGCUGGGGGAGUGCUCUGCUCUCCAGGAACCAUUCCUUGGAAGAGGAGUUUGAACGAGCAAAAGCUGCAGUAGAGUCAGAUACGGAGUUCUGGGAUAAGAUGCAGGCCGAGUGGGAAGAAAUGGCCCGGAGGAACUGGAUAUCGGAGAACCAAGAAGCCCAGAACCAAGUUACCGUGUCAGCCAGUGAGAAGGGCUAUUACUUCCACACCGAGAAUCCCUUCAAGGACUGGCCUGGAGCAUUUGAAGAAGGCUUAAAGAGGCUGAAGGAAGGGGACCUGCCUGUCACCAUCCUGUUCAUGGAAGCAGCAAUUCUUCAGGACCCAGGAGACGCUGAGGCAUGGCAGUUUCUUGGUAUAACCCAGGCAGAGAAUGAAAAUGAACAAGCAGCCAUUGUCGCCCUCCAGAGGUGUCUGGAGUUGCAGCCCAACAAUUUGAAAGCUCUGAUGGCUUUGGCUGUGAGUUACACCAACACCGGCCAUCAGCAGGACGCCUGCGAGGCUCUGAAGAACUGGGUUAGGCAGAACCCAAAGUACAAAUACCUUGUGAAGAACAAGAGGAGCUCUCCAGGCCUCACUCGACGGAUGUCUAAGUCCCCAGUGGACAGCUCUGUUCUGGAAGGAGUGAAGGAACUCUACCUGGAAGCUGCCCACCAAAAUGGUGACGUGAUAGACCCGGACCUGCAGACAGGUCUUGGGGUUCUCUUCCACCUGAGCGGGGAGUUCAACAGAGCAAUUGAUGCAUUUAAUGCUGCCUUAACUGUUCGGCCAGAGGAUUACUCCUUGUGGAACCGUCUUGGGGCAACGCUGGCGAAUGGAGACCGCAGUGAGGAGGCUGUGGAGGCCUACACGAGAGCCCUGGAGAUCCAGCCAGGCUUCAUCCGGUCCAGAUACAACCUGGGGAUCAGCUGCAUCAACCUGGGUGCCUACAGAGAAGCGGUCAGCAAUUUUCUCACCGCCCUCAGUUUGCAAAGGAAGAGCAGGAACCAGCAGCAAGUCCCUCACCCUGCCAUCUCGGGAAACAUCUGGGCUGCCCUCAGAAUUGCACUGUCGCUGAUGGACCAGCCAGAACUCUUCCAGGCAGCCAACCUCGGUGACUUGGAUGUCCUCCUGAGAGCUUUCAAUUUGGAUCCUUAAAGGAAAAGAAAGAAAUACAGAAUCCCUCGUCUGUUGUUAUACUAAAAAGGGACAAAACUAUUUUAUUAUGAAUUUCAAAAAAAAAAAAAAAGUUGUGUUUUUUUUAAAGGAUAAAGCAGAGAGUCAAAAGGCCGUGGUCAUGUGGCCCAAGAGAACUGAUUACUACAGACAAUACCCGGCCUCUGUUCAGACUCAAAAGCACAAAGCCAAGGUCGGGUUCAAGAGACGAACCAAGAUUCUCAUGACAAAGAAAGAUAAGGUAACUGUGUACACUCUUCCAAGUUACCAGUGAACUUUGAGUUAUCCUGAGUUAUCCUAUCCCCAGCCACACGGGGACACAUCUGAGGAGCCUGUUCAUGGGACCUGGCAAGACAGUUUGUCUGCAGUCAGUGAACUCAGGCUGUCUCAAAACUGUCUUUGCCUUUUAUGAAACUGAACAUAUAGUCCAGGCCAUUGGCGCAUGCACACAUGCAACCUGACUAAAGGCAGGCGUCGCUCCCCCACCUCCCUGUUUUAACUUUUUAAGCCUUUGUUUCCAGAGAGAGAGAGAGAGAGAACUCUGCUGGCAAAAGCAGUUUUUGCACUAGACAUUUUGCUGUUCCCAAUGAAAUCCUGUCUAGGAUUGUACAUAAGCACUUUAAUAUCUUAUUUAUGCCUUGCUGAGCUUCGGGUUUGUUGCUCCAGCUUCUACCGGGGGGGGGGGAGGCAGGGGCUGGAGGAUUUGAGACAGAUUUGUUAGCUCAAUGGACCAAAUAAAAAAUUCUGAGAGGAGUUUUUCUUAGCGCAGGGUUUUGAAGGCACCUUGGCAUAGAAUGUAAAUAUGUUAAACCCAGGUUUUUUUGCUUGCUUUCUGGGACUCUGGAUCUCAGUGGGAAGCAAAAUUCUGCCUCUGCAUUCUCCCUGCAGAAGGAAGGUCGGCUUUCUGUGAUUUCUAAUGAGUUUGUGUUAACUUGUUUUCAUACCCGUUUUCCGGCUUUCUAACCGCCCUGCACAAUGGCGCUCCCUUUAAACUGUCCCUGUUUUAAAUGGCAUUUCUUAAGCGUGAUAAAUACAUUUUUCCUAAAGUUGAUGUGUUUCCUCAGUUCCAUGAUAGCCCACACUGUCCACCUCCUCAAGCUGUGAGGGACAGAAGGUCACAUUUGUGACCGAGCUGUGCUGAUUAGAAUUCUCCUCUGAAGGAGGUGCCCCUUGGGAUCUAAUUUAAACACUCGGCAAGAGCCAGGCCUUCGCCAUCGGCAGAGACGUCUUGCUUAGCUGUUAACCUUCCACAUACGUCUUCAGAUUACACUGUGGAUGUUCAGGCUUGGUGGUUAUUUAAAAAGAAGUAGAAAAAUGUUGGCAAAACGCUAACCAAAACAUCAUUUUGCUCGGCUCUAACUCUAGUAAGCCGCCCUAGUCUCUGUCGCCUUGUGCCUUCCCAUCUCCAGAAUCUUCCUAAAAGCAGCCUGGUCCCAACUUUUUUCAUGCUCUUUGCUUACUAAUAACUCUCUCCGCUAAUACUUGUAGUUACCAGAAACCAUAUUUUGGGUCAGAGCAGAUUAACUGACCGUGAAAUUACCUACUCCUGAUGGAAAAUGUGCCCAGAGGCUUACUGAGACCACUCCAUCACCGUGGAGUCCCUGGAUUGUGAAAGACAUGAAGUUCACAGGUGACUACAAGUCCUUGAGGCUUGUCUGUCACACGAGCUUUCUGUCUUAUAAGGACAAGCUGAUGAGACCACUGUAGGUGUCAGGCUUCGCUCUUCAUUGUCAGUGUUCCCUAAGAUGGAGCGGUGGCCCCAGCUCUGCAGCAGGACACAGGCAUUAAUGCAUCCACUGCGGGGCACGGCAACAACUCACGCUAGCCUUUAACAGCUGAGCCAUCUCUCCAUCUCGGGCCCAUGCUUUCUGUUGGUCUGUGCAGCAAAGCAAAGCUCAGAUGUAUUUAGAAGAGCAGAUUUUCUGGACCAGGGGUUCUCAACUCCUAGGUCGUGGCCCCUUUGGCAAACUUCUGUCUCCAAAAAUAUUUACAUUAUGAUUCAUAAGAGUAGCAAACUUACAGUUAUAAAGUAACAACAAAAUAA